AUGGGGCCCCCGGGCAAUAGGGGAUCAUGGGGCCCCUGUGUCCUUGCCCAAACUCAAAAAAGCCUAUGAAAAAGGUACCAGGGGCAUCUCAUGGGGCCCCCUACUGACCCCGGGCCCUCGGGCAGUGCCCGAGUUUCCAAAUGGUCAGUCCGCCCCUGAGGGAUAUAUACAGAAUUUAUAAUAGCUACAGUAAUUGCUUUGGUGCUAUGCUGAUGCUUGUAGAUAUAACUAUAGCUAUAAGGAAUUCUGACUUUUCUAUAGUUCAUUUCUGCAUGCUUGUUUUUAUAGUUUUAGAUAGAAGGUUUAUGACUUCUUUCAAGUUUCUAUUGCUGUCUAUGUCCCCA